AUGAACAGCACGUUGAUGUCGCCACUCGUGGAAUCAUGUUAUUCGUGGGGUAACACCAGUAAUAACAGUGAGCCUGUCGGAUGCAAUUCGAUUACCACCUUCAACGUCAAUGGAUCGUAUACAGAGCUGAGCGUUUCUACCAGCGGUCGACUCAUACUAGAAAUCCUUAUUAUCCUCAUGAGUCUCGGGGCCGUAACAGGUAAUAUUUUGGUGAUUAUCAUUGUUGCAGCUACAAAGAAUUUCCACUCGGUGACCUCCGUGUUAAUCAUUAACCUGGCUGUAAGUGACUGCCUCGUCGGGAUCGGCGUUAUGCCCUUUGUAGCUUUGACAGUGAUGUACGAUGGAUGGGUCCAUUCUACCGAUUUAUGCUACUAUGUCGGCUACACAUCUUCUGUCUACUGUACAGCCUCCAUUCUUACUCUGGCUGCAAUCGCCUUGGAUCGCUACCACGCCAUCAUAGACUGCUUACAUUACAGUUCUCAGAGCACUGUGUGGAGAACUGUUGCUGCUGUGGUCUGGAUCUGGCUUCAAGCUGCCAUCACCUGCUGCCCCCCGUUACUGGGCUGGAGUAGCCUGGGUUACAUCCCACCCAUGUACAGCUGUUCUGUGGAGUGGCAAAGCAGCCUCAGCUACACAGGAUUCGUGGCUGGGUUUUCAUUUUUGUUUCCUGCCUGCGUGAUGGUGUUCUGUUACGUUAAAAUAGUCAAGGUUGCCAGAGGACACGCUAGAAGGAUCCAUGACAUGGAACACCAUCUACAAAGAAACGUCCCAAACGUGUCAGAAAGGGAGAAACCAACUUUCUUGAAGCUGAUCUACUACGUGAAUUCAAAAAUGUUACCUGAGCUUCCAUCGGACAGCACUCUGAGCAAUUCGGACACCUCUUUUCAUUUGCAUGGCACCUCAAACCCAGGGAAUGCCCACCACGGCAUAUUCUCCAGACACGGCUCCCACAGCAGGGAGAAUCACGGCGUCUUCCGCCUCUUCCUUGUAAUAUUUGCUUUCUUCUGUUGCUGGAUGCCCUUUAUUAUUGUGUCAUUGGUGCAGGCCAUUGAAACUGCUAGCACUCAGGAACCCACGCAAAUCCCCGCGAACGUCAUAACGUUUGUAUACUGGCUGGCUCUGCUCAACUCUGACAUCAAUCCUCUGCUCUAUGCCUUGCUCAGCAAGCGCUUCCAAAAAGCCCUUAAAAACCUGCACCAAAAACUGAAAGCAAAGAUGAGCAGGCACACAGGGGAGGACCAAGUGCAGGAAGUCCACCAUUCUAUCAAGCCAAGAGGCAGGUGCUGCAACUCUCCAGCCCUCUCCGUUGACUCCUUUGUACCAGCGGGGUGCAAAGAUCACUUUCACAACUAUCUACCAGGAAGUUUCUCCCAGCUCACUCCAGGUACUUACCCACAAAACAUACAAGAGGAAAGGAUCAAAGAUUGUGCUUGUUUAAACCCUGAGGCACUUUCCAAGAAGCACCUGCAAGUUCCUAAAAAUCUUUUGGAAAAUGAAAGGCAGGUUUUGCCACUUGUAACAGUAUGUGAAAUACCGUCAACUUUUGUUUAUGGAAAAAUAACAGUUAAGGUGGAACAUGAGAAAUGACUGGCAGGAAACUUGACUUUUAUGGAGCAUACAGUUGUUUAUUCCAUCUUAAACAGCAACAUGGUAUGGGUAUGAAAUAGCACAGUUGUGUUAACUAAUGUAUUCUUGUUGCUUUGAAUCUGUGUAGUCAAAAACACCACUGUGGCCUCUGCGAGCUCUCAAAAGCUCUCGUCUCUGUUCCCCCUGCAACA